AUGACCCGAUAUCAGACAUUACAAUAUAAUCAAACAAAGUGUCGAAUUUCAAUUCGGAUUAUCGAUGAUGUUGAAUGUAUUCUACUGGAAGACAUCCAUAAAGCAAUAUCCACUCGUAUUAUCGCUUUAAUAAGAUCCAAUAAUGAUGCAAUAACAUGUGAAAGAGAUCCGAAAGGAAAAGAAUUAGAUCCACCAAGAUUCAAAGCAUAUUCAGAUGAAGUACUUGAUUGUUAUAUAUCUGAUACUGACAUAGCGACAAAUUAUAAAAUACACAAGAAACUUGAUCUCAUGAUUGACAAUCAAGAUGAAAUAUUAUCAUGA